AUGGCUUCCAGACCAGGCAUACUCACUGACUGGCCAUGGACACCUCUUGGAAGUUUCAAGUGGGUGAUUUUGACACCAUUUGUAGCAAACAGCACAUACUCUUUCUUGAUCAACAGUCCAGAAGAAAAAGACCUAAGCAACUUCCUCAUCUUCCCAUACAUGAUGAUCAGAAUGCUUCAUGACCAAAUUUGGAUCUCUCUUUCUCGUCAUCGAACCGCCAAAAACCGAAUCGUCGACAAAGGGAUCGAGUUCGAACAAGUCGACCGCGAAAGCAACUGGGAUGAUCAAAUAUUAUUCAAUGCAUUGAUAUUUUAUAUUGGACAAAUGUUGGUACCAGAAUCACGUAAAUUGCCAAUAUGGAGAACUGAUGGUGUGGUUAUGACAAUUCUUCUACAUACUGGACCAGUGGAGUUUCUAUAUUAUUGGUUGCAUAGAGCACUUCAUCAUCAUUAUCUUUACUCUAGAUACCACUCUCAUCAUCAUUCUUCCAUUGUUACAGAACCAAUAACUUCUGUGAUACAUCCAUUUGCAGAACACAUAGCAUACUUUGUGCUAUUUGCAAUUCCAUUAUACACAACAGCAAUUACAAAAACAGCAUCUAUAGCAUCCUUUGCUGGUUAUCUUGCUUACAUUGAUUUCAUGAAUAAUUUGGGUCACUGUAAUUUUGAGUUCAUUCCAAACACCAUUUUCACCAUCUUUCCCAUUCUCAAGUAUACCAUGUAUACACCAUCGUUUCACUCACUGCAUCAUACACAAUUUCGAACCAACUAUUCCCUCUUUAUGCCAAUAUAUGAUUACAUUUAUGGAACUGUCGACAAAGCUUCAGAAACAUUAUAUGAAAAAUCAUUGAAUAAAGAAGAUGGUACACCAGAUGUUGUGCAUUUAACACAUCUUACAACACCUGAAUCAAUCUAUCAUCUAAGAUUGGGAUUUUCUUCCUUAGCAUCUUCACCUCAAUCUUCUGCAUGGUACCUUUAUUUCAUGUGGCCAUUCACUUUUUGGUCUGUUCUUGUCACUUGGUUUUAUGGUCAAACUUUUGUUCUUGAGAGAAACACUUUUGAAACACUCAAUUUGCAAUCAUGGGUUAUUCCAAGAUUCCAUGUACAAUAUCUUUUCAAAUGGCAAAGAGAAACAUUGAAUAAACUUAUAGAAGAAGCAAUCCUUCAAGCAGAACUCAGCAAAGUUAAGGUUCUAAGUUUAGGUCUUUCAAAUCAGGGAGAUUUGUUGAAUCGAUAUGGUGAACUAUAUAUCAAAAGAUAUCCACAACUUAAGAUAAAGAUUGUUGAUGGAAGUAGCUUGGGUGUGGCUAUUGUUCUUAAUAGCAUUCCAAAAGAAACAAAUCAAGUUUUUCUUUGUGGUAGACUUGAUAAGGUUUCAUAUGCCAUUGUUAAUGCUUUAUGUGAAAGGGGUACCGAGGUUACAACAAUGUAUAGAGAUGAUUAUGAGAAUCUUCUCUUAAGACUCUCGUUAGAGUCCAAAAAUAAUUUGGUUUUUCCAGGAUCCAAUUCAGCAAAGAUAUGGCUAGUUGGAGACCAAUGUGAUGAGGUAGAACAAAAAAAGGCACCAAAAGGAACAUUGUUCAUACCAAUUUCUCAAUUCCCUCCAAAGAAACUCCGAAAAGAUUGCUUCUAUUUUAGCACACCGGCCAUGAUAACUCCGCCUUCUUUAGCCAAUGUCCACUCCUGCGAGAAUUGGCUGCCAAGACGAGUGAUGAGUGCAUGGCGUAUUGCCGGAAUAUUGCAUGCCUUAGAAGGUUGGGAUGUUCAUGAAUGUGGAGAAGUCAUGUUUAGCACUGAGAAGAUAUGGCAAGCAAGUCUUCAGCAUGGAUUUAGGCCAUUGAAGAUUAAUCAUCCUCUUGCUUGA